AUGUCCACCACCACCAACACCCCCCCAACCCCCGCCGCCAUGUCCCCCGCCGCCCCCCCGCCAACAUCACCAACCCCCCAGCGCCCCCGCCCCCGCAAAAACACCACCUUCGAACAACUCGACCGCCCCGGCUCCGUGCGCAUCAACGUCCGCGGCGCCUUCAUCGACUCCGAAGAACCGCUCACCCCGCCGCGCACCGGCUCGCCCCCGCGCGGGCACGUCACAAAGGACAUCCGGCUGCCGCACCACAAAGCCGACGUGUCGCACAUCGCCGUGGACAUUGGCGGGUCGCUGGCGAAGCUGGUGUACUUCUCGCGCGAGCCCAACGGCGAGGGCGGCAAGCUGAGCUUCAAGAACUUUGAGACGGAGCGCAUUGACGAGCUGAUAGCGUACAUGGGCGGGCUUGUGAAUGGGAAGCGGGGGGUGAACAUCAAGGACGGUGAGGGGGAGGAGGGGAAGGGGAAGGAGGGUGAGGAUGUGCUGUAUGUAAUGGCGACGGGCGGCGGGGCGUUUAAGUUCUAUGAUGAGAUUAAGGAGGCGCUUGGGGUGGAGAUAUAUAGAGAGGACGAAAUGGAAUGCCUCAUCAUUGGCCUCGACUUCUUCAUCACCGAGAUCCCCGAAGAAGUCUUCACCUACAGCGAAGCCAACCCCAUGGCCUUCGCCGCGCCGCGCCCCGACAUCUACCCUUACCUGCUCGUCAACAUCGGCUCCGGCGUGUCCAUGGUCAAAGUGUCGGGCCCGCAGCAGUACACGCGCGUCAGCGGGUCGUCGCUGGGCGGCGGCACGCUGUGGGGACUGCUGUCGCUGCUGACGCAGGCAAAGAGCUUCGACGAGAUGCUGGGCAUGGCCGAGUGCGGCGAUAACACCAAGGUCGACAUGCUCGUGGGCGACAUCUAUGGCGGCGGGUAUGGCAAGGUCGGGCUUAAGAGUAGCACGAUUGCGAGUAGCUUUGGGAAGGUGUUUAAGAAGAAGCGGGAGGGGGAGGCGGCGGCGGCUGAGGCGGAUGGGGAUGGGGAUGGGGCAGAGGGGGCAGAGGGAGGGGAGGGGCAGGAGGGGAGAAGGGGCCGAGGUUCAGGGAGGAGGACAUCAGCCAACCACGGGCUGGAGCAUAUAUACUUUGGGGGCAGCUUCAUCCGCGGACACCGCCAAACGAUGAACACCCUCUCAUACGCAAUCAAGUUCUGGUCACGGGGCGAGCAGAAGGCAUACUUUCUGCGCCACGAGGGAUACCUCGGCGCCGUCGGCGCGUUCCUGAGGCGGCAGCCGCGCAACUGGGGGAGGAGGUAUAGCGCGGGCGAGGAGCACGGCGGAAGGAGGGUCUUUACGCCGGCUGCGGCUGGGGCUGCGGCUGGGGCGGCGGUGAAAGAAUAG